AUGCCUUCCACCACCAAAAAACCCGAUCAGGAUGCCCUCGCCUAUCGAGGCCAACCUCUUCCCAACGUUCUCGAGGAUCAAGUCGUCCCCGAUGUCCUAAGUCUUGAUUGUGAUGAGCGUCUAUGGGUCCCUCAGUCCGAUCAGGUCUGGUUUAGACCUUUACUCUUCUCCGUCAGUCAAGGCUAUUUUGUCAACAUUCUCAGAGUCCGCAAAUCUGGCAUACUCUCACGACAUCGCCAUGCCGGUCCUGUGCAUGCCACCGUGCUAAAGGGUAGAUGGCAUUAUCUCGAACAUCCUUGGUGGGCCGAACAGGGCAGCUACGCCUUUGAACCCCCGGGUGAUAUCCAUACCUUGGAAGUCCCUGAUGAUGUGGAGGAAAUGGUUACAAUGUUUCAUGUUACCGGCGCUUACAUCUAUGUUGAUGUUGAUGGUAACCCUGUUGGUGUGGAGGAUGUUUUUAGCAAGAUUCAGAAAGCCAAGGAACAUUACGAGAAAGUUGGGCUGGGGGCGGACUUUGUGAACCAAUUUAUUCGAUAG